CUCAGAGAAAGAAGCACCAGGCAGGGCAGAGCAGCCACACGCAGCAGGAGGUCAGUGGAUUCACCGAGGGGGGAGCAUGUCCAAACCUUCGUCCAACGUCAAGGCCUUGCAGGCUAAUUUGAACAUCCCGAUGGGAGCUCUGCGUCCAGGGGCGGGACUUCCUGUGAAGAGGAGAGAGGAAACAGUAGACACAGAAGAGGGCCAGCCACCAGAAGCACCAGAAUGCCAACAAACCCAGACACCAGAGGAGAAGAAAAUAUUCCCUGGCGCAAAGUUACCUGGACCUGCCGUUGACCUUUCAGAGCUGCAAAACAAAAAGAGUGAACUACGAUGGGUCACCAAGGACUAACAUGUAGGUUUCCUGACAGGACCUUCAUGUCAGGUGGAGGGGACAGAUGACAAUCUUCAUAAACAGACUUAUUCAAAGCUGCUGAAGCAAAUCAAAACAUCUGGAAACACUAACACAACAGUUUUUGUGAAACCUGCUUUACAAACUGUUCCAUCAUCACAAAUCAAGAUUUGUAUUUACCUACUAUAAAACAGAAGCUGAGACAAAUUUAAAUCAGAAUUUGUAAAACAAAAUCAAAUGUAUUCCAGUUUCCCUCUGCUGCAGAUGGGACUCAGUUCUACUUGGACUUUCUGGUAAAGAGUUGGAUGUUUUACUUUACUAUGUGGUACUUUUUCAUACAUUUAAAGAAUCCAACACAAUGUCAAAGUUUUUCUUCUUUUAAUGUUGUGUAAACAAGCUGAAAGGUUUUGUCUGUUCAGCUCAAAUAUAUACUGAAAUGUGGUUUUAAAGUAAAUGUUGUUCAUAUGUAAUGGUAAAAAGGGAGUUAGGACGGAGAAGUUUUCUGUUUCAGGACUGGAUUUGGGAUGAAAUUAUGAUAUGUUUGUUAUUAACUGUUAUGAUUCUUAUAAAAUGACUGAUGCUGCAAUAAAAUGGAAUCAAGUCCAAACUCAUUUAGUCAUUUCUUGUUUCUGUAACGAUAUUAGUAGGUAAAUAGUGUUUUGACUGUGUUUUGAGAACUGACCUUUGAAAGCCUCAUUGUAAUAGUUUUUUUUUUGUUAAUAUAUGGAUUCAUUGAAAGAUAAAUGAAAAAAAAUAAAGAUGGUAUAAAUAUC